AACAAUAAGAUGGAUGAAUGGUGGGCAGUGGAAGACAAAAAAAAUGAAAAACUUACUUCCAAAGAGUUGACUGAUGUGGACCUAUCCACAAUUGACACCAAAAGUGCAUGUCUUGCUCUCACUUAUGAUUAUGGAAAUCUUGGUUGCUUCACCUUCUUUUACUUCUUACUGUGCUUGCUUUCACUUCAAAUCUUCUUCAUGUUCUCUUCCUUACUAGUUGUUCAAUUAUUUCUGCUUCAUUAAUAGCAACAAUAAAGAGAGAGGAGAAGAUUGCAAUCAGUGUUUGUUUGAUAAUGACAUCAGUUCUUUCUGAUUGCUUCAAAGUUAUUGCGGAAAAAAUUCUGGAUCUGACAAUUGGCGAAGCACGUUACCUAUGUUGUUUCAAGACCAUAGUUGAAGAGCAUGAAAGGGAAAAGUGCAAGCUGAGAGCAAAAAGGAAAGGUGUACAAGAAAAUGUGAAUGUGGCAAAGAAUAGAGCUGAGGAGAUAGUGAAUGAUGUUACAGUUUGGAUCCAAAAUGCUGACAAUAUUAUCGAUGAAAACACUGAAACAAAAAGGACUUGUUUUUUCGGAUGGUGUCCAAAUUGUAUGUGGCAAUACCAAAGAGGCAAGAAACUAGCGUUAAAGACGUUGGAGAUUGCAGAACUUAAGGGACUUAACUUUGAAAGUGUUGGCCGUGCUGGUAAGCUUCCUGGUGUGGAGUAUCAUUCUUCACAAGAUUUUAUUGAAUUUGAGAGCAGAAGCUCCCAACAUAAACAACUUUUGGAUGCAAUAAAAGAUGACCACAACUUUAUGGUUGGAUUGCAUGGUAUGGGAGGGACUGGUAAGACAACAUUGGUGCAAAAAGUUGGUAAUGAAGUCAAAAGAUCAAACCUAUUUGAUGAAGUCAUCUUUACUACAGUGUCGCAUGCCCCUGAUAUCAGAAAGAUUCAAGAUAACAUUGCUGUCCCUUUAGGUUUGAAACUAGAGGAAGGAGACCAGUUGCAAAGGGCGAAAAGACUAUGGUCUAGAUUAACAAACGGAGAAAGGAUACUUGUAAUAUUAGAUGAUGUUUGGGAGGAGCUCAAGUUUGAAGAUAUCGGUAUCCCCUCUAGUAACAAUCACAGUGCUUGUAGAGUUUUGCUUACGUCGCGCAAGAUGAGUGUAUGCAAUUCUAUGAGCUGCCAAAGCAAUAUUGAGCUAGAGCUCUUAUCUGAGGAAGAUGCAAAGAUUCUUUUUGAAAAGCAUACUGGAUUAAGGGAUGACUCGUCGAAGAGUUUGAAAAAAUUGGCACAGCAAAUUGCGAAUGAAUGUAAAAGAUCACCUGUCGCGAUUACAGCUAUAGCAAAAAGUUUGAAGCACCAGCCUCCGGAACUUUGGAAGGCAGCUUUUAAAAGCUUGAAAGAAUUUAAACAAAUCCGCAAUGUUGAUGAAGAUUUGAAGAUCUAUAAAUGCUUUCAGGUAAGCUACGAAAAUCUUAAGGAUGAAAAGGCCAAGAAACUCUUCAUGUUAUGUUCUCUAUUCCCUGAAGAUUAUGAAAUUCGUGUGGAGGAUUUAACCAGAUUUGGGAAAGGAUUGGGCAUAUUUGGAGACGUUGACUCGUAUGAAGCAGCAAGGAUAGAAAUGCUUACAGCGAAAAGGAAACUCCUAGAUGCUUGUUUAUUGUUGAAAGGUCAGGAAGGACGUGUCAAAAUGCAUGAUCUGGUACGUGAUGCGGCACAUUGGAUUAAAAACUAUGAGAUUCAGGUGAUUAUGGGAUGCAAAAUUCAUGCAACAGCAAAAAAAGGUACCAUGACAUAUUUGUAUUGCCACGAUGUAAAAAGAUUUUCCCCCCUUCUGAAUCAGUUGGAUUGCACCAAACUUAAGAUUCUGAUAAUACAUUGCAUAGAUAAAGACGGUGUUGUGGAAAUGCCACAAGCAUUUUUCGAAGGAACGAAAGGUCUAGAAGUUUUGGCUAUAGCCAAGGCCGAAAACAUUAGGGGAAAGCCGAGUCUAGUUUUGCCACGAUCAAUUGAAUUCUUAAAAAACAUUCACACUCUAUGCUUGAGAGGUUUUAAUUUUGGUGAUAUCUCUAUUCUGCUAAAACUAGAAAUACUCGAGACUCUUGAGUUGAGUGAUUGCUCAAUCAUUAGACUUCCCAAAGGGAUGGUGAAACUAGAGAAGUUGAGAUUAUUGAGUUUGACAUGUUGUGUAAUUGAUAAGAAUCCAUUUGAAGUGAUUGGAAAACUUUCUCAAUUAGAAGAAUUGUACGUCAUGCGAAGUCCGGACAGAUUCAAAUGGAGAUUUGAUAAAGAAGUUGUUGCUACCAUUUUUGACAAAUACAACAUUAUCCCGACAUUGCAGAGGUACCAUAUACAGAUAGGGCACGAUUUGGGAUUAUAUCAUUCAGUGGAUGACUCCAUAUCAAGAGCUUUGUCUAUUGAAUAUUUUGAUCCCACUUCAAAUGCAACAAUUAAGGACCUGGUGGAAAGAGCAGAGAUUCUUCAUUUGAAGAGGAUUCGAGGAGAUUAUACAACUGUAACACCGCAACUAGUUGAAGCAAUAGGAGGAGAAAUGAAUGACAUGAUCCAUCUCAAGCUUGAGAUUUGUUCUAAGAUAGAAUGCCUCAUUGAUACUAAUAACUUUUCAUCUUCCAUUGGAAGCAUAUUCUCUAAGUUGGUUAAGAUAGAGGUUAGAAGCAUGGAUAAUUUGAAAGAACUGUGCUAUGGUCCACCUCCUUCAGACUUCUUUGGUAACAUGCAAGAGAUGAGUAUCCAUUUAUGUCACCAGUUGCAUGGGAGAUUAUUUGAAGGAAACUUGAACCUUGGUAGAAUUAAGGUGCUUCAAGUUGAAUAUUGUCGCAUGUUAACGUCUAUGUUCACGCCUUCCACGGCUGCAAGUCUUGUCCUAUUGGAAGAACUGAUAAUAGAAGGUUGCAAGGAACUGAGAAACAUAAUAGGAUUUGAGGAGGAAGAAGAAAACAUACAAGAGCAUAUAGUUCCGCAUGAUGAUACUGAUCAAAAAGUUUAUGGCACAAUUUUUCCAAAGUUGAAAACUUUUGACUUGAUAAUGUGUGACCAAUUAGAAUUUACAAUCACAGAAUGUGUCACAAGCAGUCCUUCUAAUUGCCUUUUGAGACAGUCACUGAUCCUGCGCCAUGUUAGAGAGAUAAGGCUCAAAAACUGUUUAAAAAUAAAAGUUCUGUUCAGUCUAUCGGUUGCUCGAACAAUGUUGUUGGAAGAAUUGAGAAUUAAGGAAUGCCAUUCAUUGAAGAACAUCAUAACAGAUGUUGGAGAUGAUCAGAAUUGCGUGACGCACGGCUCAGUCUUCCCAAGGUUGAAAUUCCUGAGUGUUCAGGAUUGUAGCCAAAUGGAAUAUAUGUUGGGACAAGAACACGAAGAACAUAAUAAUAAUGACACAGAGGUUCAUAUUGAUCUCCCAGAAUUGGAGCAUUUAACUUUCUCUAGAGUACCAAAACUUGUCAGUACUUGCUCCAUACGCUAUAAUGCCACAUAUCCAUCUUUGAAGGAGUUUUGUUUGGAAGGGUGUCCCGAGUUUACCGUUAACUCUAUUAGUGAUUUCAUGUUUCAUUUGGGUGCAAGACAACUAGUCGACACAUCCACCGAGGACAUAGGAGAAAUCAUGAAGCAUUUCCAGACUCUAGAAAAGCUAUGCAUAGAGAACUCAGGGAUUCAAGGGAUAUUUUGUCUUGAAGAACAUCCAACCAUUGCUCAACAAAUGAGCUCAAGUUUGCAAUCCUUGAAAUUGAACAAUCUACAUGAUCUAAGGUAUACAUUCAUGGGUCCAAAAAAAAUUAUGAGCCUCGAAAAUGUCAAAACUUUACAAAUUGAGGGAUGUAGUAAACUCAAAGUUGUAUUCUCAGCAUCUGUCUUGAGAAGCCUACCACAACUUACAUAUCUAGAAAUCAGCAACUGUGAAGGAUUACAUAAAAUAAUGGAAGACAAUGAGGAAAAUCAAAGGCAGACAAUUCCUCAAUCUCAACUGAUAUGCUUUCCGAAGCUCGUUGCACUUAUCAUCAAGAGUUGCCACGGUUUGAAAAGUCUCAUCUCUGUCAACACAUUCCAAGAGUUUCCAAAGUUAGAGCUCAUGAUCAUAAAAGAAGCCUCUCAGUUAGAUGACAUGUUUAUAAGUGAACCACAUGAUGAGAUUCCUAAGCAGAAACUUCGGCUUCCUAAUCUCAAAUAUCUGGUGCUUAUGCAACUGCCAAACCUCACUGAUCCGAGCCAACAUAUGGAGUUGCAGAAUGUGACUUACAGCAUUGUGGAUCAUUGCCCUAACCUUUCAUUUGAUUCAACAACUACUCUUGAGGACUUAAAGAACAUAUUAGAAGAUGGUAACAUUGAUCGCGAUGUUCACUGGGAGUUAUUUGAAAUAUUUGACACUAUAGUGGAAGAGGCUGAAAAUGAAAAUCCAAUAUCAGAAACCACUCAUCAAUUACCGAUAGUACAGGAAGUUCAAGAUGUGCAGGUUCAAUCAGCACCUCAAAGGGAGCUUCUUUGUUCACAGAAUAUUGAUGAAGCAGAUAACGAAAUUGUUGCUGCACAUGAUUCAAGAAUGGAAACUUCAUCAACAGAUUUAGAAGUGAUAACAUUAACAAGGCCUUGUCCAACUCCUUCAGAUAUCCAUCAAUGUGAAAUAACACAAGAACUGGUGGAUGAAAAAGUAGUUAGAGAAAGAAGUUUUCUUGACCAACAAGAAGUGCUCAGAAAAGAAAGUUUCAAAUUGGAAAUUGCCGUGCCAUUGCCUUAUAAUGUCUUGACUACUAAAGAAACAGUGGAACAAAGUCUUCUGGAGUGUCCUGAGGCAGAAAAAGCCACAACAAAAAUAUGGUCAACAAACUCAGAACCAACGAAACAAUCUCCAAGAUCAUUGCUUAUUCCAUUACAAAAAGCAUCUUCACAGAAUGUUAAUGGAAAUGUUGAAGAAGUUUCAACUUCAGAUGAAACUCUCACAUCGCCACAGUUGGUUGAGAAACAAUCAAUAGAUGAACAAAUUCCUAUGGAACAAGGAACAUUAAGAGAAAAUAAGAGCUUCAAUAGAACUCCUGAUGAACAUUCCAAUCUUACACAAAAUGUUAAAAGCUCUACAAAUGGAAGUGUUUCUAAAGUAGUAUCAAGCAAAACUGCAUCAGUAGUCCCAUCAUUUCAAGAGUUGGAUUGUUGGGCACUUGCUCCAGUGAUUGCUUUGUUGAAUGAAACCUCUUCCAAGAUUUCUCCAAUCAUUGAAACCAAUGAAAAAUGUUCCACUUCAUCAUCAAUGCAAAGAAUGUCAAGUAGCUUAUUGAAAGAUGAAUUCAACAAAAAUGCCAAAGUUGAUUGCUUUUCACCUGAUACUGAAAACUCAACCUCUAGUCUGAUUCUUGAGUUGAAGACUGAACUAUCUGUUUAUCUCAACAUGUCACUUGAGACUAUCAUUGACAACAAUGUUUUCAACAAUGUAGAGAGGAUUGUAAAUUCUUUAGCAGGGGAAAUUACAGAUGCUUUCAAACAGAACAUCCUCAAAGACUUUGCAAAUCGGUUGAAAAUUUUCAAAGAAAGUGUUCCUAAAGCCAUGAGCACAUUGGAAUCAAGUUCUGGUUUCAUGUCUACUUAUGAGAACCUUAAUAUGGAGCUGAAUGUAAAGUUGAGUGAAGGACAAGAAAAAAUUGAAAACUUGGAGACUAAACUUUCUGAAACAUUGGCAAAAGAGUAUACUAUUGAUAUGGAGAUUCAAAGAUUAAUUGAUGAAAAAAGUGAGAUUCUUGCUCAGAAGAACUUUCUUGAAUCUCAACUUGAUAAGUACACUCAAGUGGUAUCUAAGGACUAUGAAAAAUGGAAAGGUUUGGGAGAGGAAAUGAAAUCAUGCACUGAUGGGUGGUUAAAGUCUAAGGAAGAUUUAGCUCAUGCAAAUGCUAGCUGGAAGAUCUUAAAGGAGAUUUUACUUUUAUGACUAAAAUCUCAUAAUUUAGCUUUCCAAAUAUUAUGAAUUUGUUGUGUCAAAAAAAAUAAAAUUUGAAUACUUGCAUUAAUGAUUAUU